AUGCAGGGCGGGCAGUCGUGGCAGGAGCCGAGGGAAACGGCGGAAGCCGAGCGGCUGAGGCUGGAGGACUACCUGAGAACGAUUUGCUGGGACUUCGCUUCCAGUGGCUAUGAGGGGAACAAUUCGUAUUACCUGGACAUACUGCUGCGUUUCAACAGCUUCAACAGUAGUAAUCACUCCGAGCCCCUACCUCCUUCCUUUGUAUGGACGACACUUUAUCACGGAGCGGAAAUCCUCACUCCUUACGACGCCGACUACAAAGCAACGGAGUUCGACCUUCCCACCCAGACAUUUACGCAAAUGGUUCUCGCGGCUGUGUACAAAGACAAGCUGUGGAACCGCAACGAAGUCUGGUACCGAACAACCAACCUUCAGACGUUCGCUUUUUCAGCUGACCAACUCGCAGAGAAGAACCUCCUCCAGAUUGGCUACACGUUCGACCAGGAAGGCGUCAUCUACCUUGCGGAGAUCAACACGUUGCAGUACACCACGUUGCUGAGUCAGUGGGCGGGCGUGUGGGUCAUCGUCCCCAGUCUGCUCAUGCUUGCGUUUGUCGCCGUCAAGGAUAAGAGCGAAGAGGAGCCGGCGCCUGACCUCCACAUCCGCUUCACGAAGAAGCACCGGCUGAGUUUAAAGUCCAGAGUACGUUAGAAGCUGCAACGAAUGAGGACAGGUGGCAGCGAGAUGAAGGUGAAGGAUGUCGAGGAAGGCGAUCAAGAUGCGCAGCCUGCGGAAGAGGAAACCUUACAGGCGUGGAAAGUGAAUGGUGAAGGCGACCUCUAGUCAUGCGGCCGUCUUUCGCGGAGAUUGAGCGACACCUUGUAGCUGGGUGGCCCUAUAUAUGGAACGCGUUGCGGUUCUGGCCGUCAUUUAGAACUUGCAUGAGAUGCCGAGGUGUUCUGUGGCACCAAGCUUACUUUGCAUCCCUUAUCAGACUUACGGUAGGCCGAGCACGGCCGAUACUUAGGAUCUAGUACCCUUCGCCUCCUGCAAAAUUGGUUGGAUGGUUGGAUGGUUGGAUGCACUGGACAAAGUAAUUCGUCUACCUUGCCAGGUGGGUAUCGAAAUUCUCAGUGAACUACGUUAUCAAUCAGUAAGUACCUAAAAUUGUGAUAGUGGCAGGUACAUCAGAUUGAGGUCAAGCUCAGCUUAAACUUCGGCAAUUCUGUAUGCCAAAGGACCAGCCGGAUACAUUAGGAUAAUGAUUUGGAUUCACUAGGAUUGAAAGGCCUGUCGGAGGGCCAUCAGUGCCUAGGUGUCAGUGCGCCGAUCGAGCAAAUGCAUGGUUGCUUGACCAAGUUAAAAAGUCUACAUGUGCAGUCGCUUU